AUGCAUGAAGAAGAACAACUUCAUGAUGAGGAAAAGACAGGCAGUGACGCCUUACAACAGGCUGGAGAAGUACUUGGCCAGAGUGCUCAAAGUGCAAUGGAUGUUGAAGUUCUUUGCAUGGAUCAUUUAAGAAAAAGUAGUGAUACUAGAGACUCCUCUUCUGAAGCUGCAACUCUAUGUAAACCAGGAAAAACCCAUGCAUUGAUAAGAGAUGAAGCUCAAGUUUUAUCAAGUGCUGAUCUUAAAGCAACAGAAACCCCUCAUUUAGGCAGAUUACUUCCUUAUUUGGACUUGUCUGUUAUCCCCACUGAAUUCUUACUAGCAGAUUCACGUGGCACUGUGGAAUGCAAUGUUGACUUAAACUUGAGUUCUCAGACGCAACCUGACCUGGCUGUGCCAAAAACUAUGUGGGACUCCUUGGAUUCUACUAGCAGAAAUAAUGCCACUGUAUUGCAUGAACCGUCUCCUCCAGAAAUGUCAGCUGCGAGAAUUGAAAGAGUAGAAACUCAUGCUUCACGGUUACACAAAGAUGCAUUUGAAUUUUUAGAAGUUGGUGACAGCUGCAAAGAUGAUGAUAAAGUUAGUCCUCUAUUUUCCAAGGAAAUUACACCAAAAAACCAGUGUCUGCGGGUGAGAUUUCUAUUUUCAGAAGAAAAAACCAGUGACAACACAGCCUGUGGCGGCGGCUUCUAUAGCUUCAGAACAAAGAAGAAAUUCUUCAGUUGGGAGGCAAAAAUAAUCAACCAGAACAAGAAUCUCCUCUGUUACUAG